UGCUGCUCUUGCUGGUGGUGAUAGUGGAUGCGUGCGUGCGGUGCCGGUUCAGCUGCAUCCCUGGGCAUCUCUCGGGAUCCCUGCAGAGCUUCUUUUCCUCUGUCACCACUCGACCGAGAGCCACUCCUACUCAGCACUGCAAGACCUUGUCCUCUGCUGAUAAAAGUGUGUGAUGGGAGGAGCUCCAGUGUGUUGAGUGGCCAGAGGCAGGCUGUAGUACGACACUGUGUCAGAGAGAGGGAGUGUGUGGACCUGCGGACACGGAGCUGUCAUCUACUAGUGCGUUAAAACUCUGUUGUUUGUGUGGAUUUUCUUCUGACACUUCCUGGGGGAGGAAUCUAUCUGUCUGUGACACCUAAAGGAAACCUUUUUUAGAUCUAAAGGAAGUUUUUGUGCCACAGCUGAGUGGGACAGAGCAUCUGAGCUGAGACGCUGUGGUGUUGUGUACGCAUGGAGGCUGAUCGGUGGAGGUUCUCCGUCUUGUUCUGAGGGUCACAGGUCGUCAUUUCAAACCAGCCUCAUCGUCUACAGCCCCAAAGGAGUGCCCGACUUCACAACAGUGCAUAGGCCUUCCAUUCAAGGAGUCUGGAGCUGCAGCGAGAGAGAGAGAGAGAGGGAGAGAAAAUAAACACGGGUUAAAAAAGACGCUCUUCAUGAAUUCCCCAAAACCCUGAAAGGCAAAUAGUGCAAGUUGGCUGGCAGUCCUGAGGAGGCAUGUGGACAAUGAGUAUGGCUUGGCUCUGUCUCCCAGCCUACACUGUCCUGCUUGUUGGUUGCUUUCAUACAGCUGUCACGGAAAGCGACGUCACUCCGCGCCUCACCUUCUCCUACAAUGCGAAGGAGAGGACAACCAGGAGUUUCUCAGUCGGCGGAGUCUUAAACUACACCUCUGUCCUCCUCAGUAAAGAAGACAACAUGCUGUAUGUUGGUGCUCGGGAGGUUCUCUUCGCUCUCAACCUCUCCGACAUCAGUGCAGUAACGCUCCAAAGAAAUCUCACAUGGAAAACUCCAGAGAGGAAGAGAGAUGAGUGCAGUUUCAAAGGCAAAGACCUACAGACGGAUUGCUUCAACUACAUCAAGAUUUUACUGCGUAUGAACAACACUCAUCUGUAUGUUUGUGGGACGUACGCCUUCAGCCCCAUCUGUGCUUACAUAAACACCACAGACUUCUCCCUCGUCAAGAGUGACACCGGUGAGAUUGUUACAGAGGAUGGACGAAGCCGCUGCCCGUUCAACCCUGAAUACAAGUCCACGGCCAUCAUGGCUGAUGGAGAGCUGUAUUCCGGUACAGUCAGUAAUUUCCAAGGAAAUGAACCCAUCAUUUACAAGAGUCUAGGCCAAGGAUCUGCUUUAAAAACAGAAAACUCACUCAACUGGCUUCAAGACCCGGCCUUUGUUGGUUCUGCCUACAUACAGGAGAGCCUGCCCGAGGGCAACCUAGUGGGCGAUGACGAUAAGAUUUACUUCUUCUUCAGUGAAGCAGGAAAGGAGUUUGAUUUCUUUGACAACACCAUUGUGUCACGCAUUGCUCGCGUGUGUAAGGGUGACAUGGGAGGCGAGAGAGUUCUGCAGAAGAAAUGGACUACUUUCCUGAAGGCUCAGCUCUUGUGCUCUCUGCCUGAUGAUGGUUUCCCCUUCAACAUAAUCCAAGACAUAUUUGUGCUGACACCCAGCCCCGAGGACUGGAAGAACACUGUGUUUUAUGGAGUCUUCACAUCUCAGUGGUACAAGGGCGCUUCAGGAAGCUCUGCAGUGUGUUCCUUCACUAUGGACCAGGUGGAAAAAGCGUUCAGCGGGCGAUACCGAGAGGUCAACAGAGAGACCCAGCAGUGGUACACAUACAACCAUCCUGUCCCAGAGCCUCGGCCCGGAGCGUGUAUCACAAAUGCUGCCAGAGAGCAGGGCAUCUCCUCCUCCCUGCACAUGCCGGACAAGGUGCUGAAUUUUGUCAAAGACCACUUCUUAAUGGACAGCGUGAUCCGCAGCCAGCCUCUCCUGUUGAAACGUAACGUCCGCUACACCCAGAUCGCUGUCCAUCGAGUGCUGGUGGCACAAAAGGCCUAUAAUGUGCUCUUCAUUGGCACAGAUGAUGGAAGACUUCAUAAAGCCAUUAACGUCAACAACAAGAUGCACAUCAUUGAGGAAAUGGUCCUCUUCCGUGAUUCCCAACCAGUGCAGCACAUUGAGCUGGAUACUGAAAAGGGUCAGCUUUAUAUUUCCUCGUUCUCUGAACUGGUGGAGGUCCCAGUAGCUAACUGCACUAAUUAUCAGAGCUGCGGGGAGUGCAUCCUCUCCAGGGAUCCUUACUGUGCCUGGAAUGGACGGCAGUGUGUGGAUGUCAGACAGGCUUCAAUAAGGAAAGCGUGGCAGCAGGAUGUAGAUGAGGCAGACACAUCAGCUAUUUGCAACAAGACAGUGCCAAGCCCACGUCUUGCUAAACCUCAGCCCACACGGAUGUCUUCAUGCCAGGUGAUCAUUAUCCCAGCCAACACGUUCAAAGUACUGCCUUGCAAACUGCGGUCUAAUCUGGCUGAAAGGAGGUGGGAGUUCAGUGAAAGCGCAGGUCACUUCCAUUACCCCAGCCCAGAAGGGGGGCUGGUAGUGGUAGCUCAGGCUGACAGGCAAGAAACCUACGAGUGCUGGUCUGUGGAGGAAGGCUUCAGACAGCUGCUGGCAAACUACUGUGUGAGGGGCGAGGCCAAGCAGGAGAGCACCACACUGACAGGCCGUUCACGUACACCACAGAUCUCCCAGGAGGAGUUUAUCAUCCUGCCAGGGAAGGCCCGCUCGCCGCAGAUCAACACUAAGACCUACUGGAAUGAGCUGAUCGUGGUCUGCUCCCUCCUGGUGUUUUCCCUGGUGGUCUUCUCUCUGUUUGUGGUUUAUAGGAACCGUGACCACAUGAAGUCCAUGCUCAAGGAGGGAGAGUGCCCCAACAUGCAGCAGAAGAAGCCCAGAAUAGUGGGGAAACCGGCUGAGAACUUGCCGCUCAACGGCAACACAGUCACAGCAUCGGUGUCAGAUCACAAAGGCUACCAGACCCUUAACGACAACUACAUCUGCAGCACUCCACCGCACGAGUGCUCGUCGCCCGACAACAGCAAGAGCUUCUCAGAGUCGGAGAAGAGGCCUCUGAACUUGAAAGAGAGCCGCGUAGAGAUUUCUCCUACAUGCCCACGGCCACGAGUCAGACUGGGCUCUGAGAUUAAAGACUCUAUAGUGUGAGACUGGCUUCAUGUUACGUGGAGUGACUAAUUUUAAACUGACAGGAAAGAGUGCACUUGCUGAGAAAGACAAAACCCUAUAAGAGGGGAAACUGAGGAACAUCAGACUCUUCAUGGAGAGACAUUUCAUUACACAGAUUUUGCACUUUCUUUUUUUUUUUUGUUCUGUUCCUGUGGCCCAUAUACAUUUCAUUUUAUUUUCCUAUCACCCCUCCACUCCCCUCCUUCCCUCCCCUUAUUCAAGUGUAUUCAAAAGCACACUGAAGAAGUUCCAGUUUGCCUUCAGACUUGAUGCUUUCACAUAUGGCUCACAGGAAUGUAACAAGCGUAGAGGUGGCAUCGCAACCAUGAUUCAGCGUCUGAAUUUCACAGCAUUGCCGCUCAGUCCGUCCAUAUAAUCUACAGGUGAUGCUUUGAAAGGCAGAGUGAUAUUCAGAUAUGUUCCCACUAACAGCUGACACAGCGUUUGCUGGUUUAUUUUCAUUGUCAUCUGGUAAGAGCCUACCCUUCGCUGAGGCUAUGCACUAUGUACUGUACUGUAGCAAGGUAAACACUCGCACCAGAAUAUACACUAACAAGUCAGUGGCAGGCAAGAGAAAUGGGAAAAAAAAAAAAAAAAGCUCCCCUGUCACAGUUUCUAAGAUAACCUGUGUGCAUUGACACAAGUAUACUCAUUGUUUAGGCUGAAAAAAAUAACACAGCAACAGAGAAAGAAUUCAGAGAAGAAGAGUCUGCUACGACAUUGAGAAGGUUUGAUCAAAAAGAGACCAUUAAUUGUGAACGUGAAAGAAGACACAAACAAGGAAUCACCUCAGUGGAAAUGUUGCAGAAACCCUUACCACCUCAACCAUCACACACCAAAAAAAAAAAAAGAAAGAUUAUAUGGUCAUAACUGACUCAAAUGUGCUUUUUAAGUAUUGGUAUUAUUAGUGGAUACAAAUAUUUCUUUCACCAAAUGUGAUAAAGGGAAAAAGCUCAUUCCAGGUAUUAUCAUGCUGUUCUUCGUGAGAUAGGCAGUCUAUGCAAAGCAAAUAAUGUGAAGUGGGGUAAACACCAAGAAAACCUCACCUCGAGACUGAGUAAGCACAAAGGUGUUGGCACUGUUAAUGACUUUAGGAUCAGUGGCACUGCAAACACACCCCCACACGCACACGCGCACACACACACACACAUACACACUCACUCUCAUUACACUAACUUAAGUAUGCAAGAGAUUUUAGCCAUUUUGGUGUACUUGUCGGAGGAAAGUAAUGAAACUCUGAAAGGCUGGCAUCACAAAAACAAAUAAGAGACAAGGGUACAGUACAGUAAUGUAAAUCUCUGGCUGUUGAUUUAUUUCAACAUGAUAAAUGAUUAUAAAUAUUUAUUAUGACUAUGUGGCAAAAUGUUUCUUUUAACAGAGAGACGUGUAGUCAUCAUAGUCAUUUUUCAAUGUUUUAAAUAUCUAUCACUAUUCUCAAAGGGAAAUAAUAAUAAAUAUUUAAAUACUACACCUAUUCAUAAUCUGAGUUAAAUAACACAUCUGUAUAGCCUCAACUUUAAUAUACAUAUUAAUUGAUGAGCGUUAAUGAAUGGAAGAAAAUGCCCUCUGCUUGCUUAAAUGGUUUUAAAGGCAACCAUAAAAGCAAUAACUUUCACUCUCAUCUAAUAAUAAACAUAACAAUUGUGUGUUUUAAUUAUCUUGAUUAUCCAUCUCCAUAUUCAGAGAUACAGAAUUAUAAACCAUAUAAUCCACCAAAUUUAUGAGUCAGAUGUUAAAGUAACUUGAAAGCAUUUUUCAUAAUUGUCAUACAAUAUUAUGUCUUACUUGAGUUUGGCUCUAGAAUUGUAAUGUGGCCAGCAAAAUAAAAACUUCACAAAAAUGCAGGAAGGCAUACUGCUCGACUAGGAAUGCAUAGGAUUUGCACAUGAUGUUGAAAAGCCUUAGUACAAUGCAGGUUACGGUUUUGUUAAACAAAUCUGCCUUGGGGAAAACGGAUAAUGCCUUCUGAAACAAUAAUCAAGAGAUGUGCCUCUUGGGAUAAUAAUCUAACCAGGUAGUAGUGCUGUAGAGUCAAAUGCUACACUGUAGGUGUGACAGGACGGGCCAUUGCUCAGAAACAGGAGUGAAAAUAGUGAAUACAUGUAAUUUAAUACUGUCACCAUUGUACAGUAUGUUCUCAUGAGGUGUUUAUUCUAUUUUUUGUUACGGUGGCUUCAACCACAGUCAGGGACUAAAUUUUAUUCUUAAAUUGUAGCACAUAAAUAACCACUGGCUGAUUUUGAAAUAUUAAAUGAUAAAUAAGCAUUAGUAUUAUGUUAAAUUUCUUGUGAAUGGCGCACACAGCAAAUAUGAAUUUCAAAGACUGGUCGUCUAUAAUCAAUCAUGCAGUAUGAAAGAUUCAUGCUUUGACUGUUAUUGAAAACAUAAACAAAGGGCAGCUUUUGGUGAAGUGGCUGUCAUCAGAACAAUAUCAAAUUUGCUAAGUGCAGAACAAAUAUAAAGUGGCAGUGAUUUAGUAAAAUAUGUGCAGGUACUGAACAUGCUUUUUGAAAACAAGCCUAAUAAUGCCACAGUGAAAGUAUCGUCGUCUGCUCUCUCUUAAUGAACCACUAUAGUCAGGCCUUCUGUUUGUUGCAGUACAAGUUGCUCCGACUCUUGUCAACAUGUAUUGUAAAAAUUCUAAGUAAAAAAAAAAGAAAAAGUUUUUAUGUAAAAAUGUUUUGUAAAUUCAGCUGCCAAUGUAAAAAUAUUGUGAAUUGUAUUUUUUUUUGUACAAUACAUCACUACUGUUUGUUUUUUGUUUUUCUUUUUUGUACUGUAUAUAAAAAGCACUUUAUUUUAAUUUUUCAAAUAAAGAUCAAAUGGAUAAUU